GGUUCAUUUCUCAUUGAUUCCUACCGAGAACAAACUUGUUUUUUUAAUACAAUCUUCAUAAGUAAAUAUAUUGCUUCAUUUAUACUCCAGUUACUAUAGCUGUUUUGGUUGCAGAACAUGAAGCUAGAACUUGUGUCGACCACAAAAUGCUUCGAAGGCGAGCAACGUGUCUAUAAACAUCACUCCAGCGUGUUGGACUGUGAUAUGACCUUUGGUGUCUUCCUACCACCAGCUGCAAUUGAAGAUAAAGCUGAGUGUCCAGUGCUCUACUUUUUGAGCGGCUUGACAUGCACUCACGAAAACUUCGUACAAAAGAGCGGCUUCCAACGAACCGCAGCCAGCCAAGGCCUCAUUGUGGUAAACCCCGAUACUUCGCCACGUGGAGUGGAACUACCCGGCCAGGAUGAUGCUUACGAUUUUGGCAGCGGUGCCGGUUUCUAUGUUGAUGCAACUGAAGCCCCAUGGUCCAAGCACUACAAGAUGUAUAGCUACGUCACGCAGGAAUUGCCUGAGUUGGUCAAUGCCAAUUUCUCGGUUCUGCCUGGAAAGAAAGGCAUUUUCGGCCAUAGCAUGGGCGGACAUGGCGCCUUGAUUUGCGCUCUAAAGAAUCCCGGCUUGUAUCAAUCCGUAUCUGCAUUUGCACCAAUUGCAAACCCAUCAGAGUGCCCAUGGGGACAAAAGGCCUUCGCUGGGUACUUGGGUGCCAACAGGGACGACUGGGCGCAGUGGGAUGCCACUAGCUUGGUCUCCAAAUACGCCAGCACACCACAAGAGCUCUUCAUAGAUCAAGGAUCGGCCGAUAACUUUCUCGCUGGCCAACAACUGCUGCCAGAAAAGCUGUUAGCAGCAGCUGCUCCCAACGAUCACAUCCAGACCAUAUUCAAGCAACGGGAGGGAUACGACCAUAGUUAUUUCUAUAUAGCUACCUUUGUGGCCGAGCAUGUUGAAUAUCAUGCCAAAUUGCUAAAGGCUUAAAUGUGUUUCUGAGUUUCGUUUGUAAAACACAAUUUGUAUUCACAAUAAACUCUGUAUAUAAACCUGCAUACCUGAACAAAUCUUUGAUUUGACUAUUCCCCUUAUUCCCCCAAUAAGAAU